CUGCCCCAGCCCCAGCCCCCUCCAUAAAGGAAGGAGUUCCCAGACUAGCCAGAAAAAAAGUGGAAUUACCUCAGUAGCACACUUUUGAUAAGCGCUGUAGUGAGGAUGGACCAUGAUGAUAUGGGCCUGGCUGCGGGACAAAUGACCCAUCCAUCUGGAGAAGUGAGGGCAAACUCUGGAUGUGGCGAUGCCAGAGCUGAUGAGCAGGAGUUAGCUACGUAACCGAAGCAGAGGCAGGACUGUUCACUGCAAGGGAGUCGCAAAGGUGGACUGGCAGAGGAGGUGGACGACAAAGUUCUUCAUGCUGCAUUCAUUCCUUUUGGAGACAUCACAGAUAUUCAGAUUCCUCUGGAUUAUGAAACAGAAAAGCACCGAGGAUUUGCUUUUGUUGAAUUUGAGUUGGCAGAGGAUGCUGCAGCAGCUAUCGACAACAUGAAUGAAUCUGAGCUUUUUGGACGUACAAUUCGUGUCAAUUUGGCCAAACCAAUGAGAAUUAAGGAAGGCUCUUCCAGGCCAGUUUGGUCAGAUGAUGACUGGUUGAAGAAGUUUUCUGGGAAGACACUUGAAGAGAAUAAAGAGGAAGAAGGGUCAGAGCCUCCCAAAGCAGAGACCCAGGAGGGAGAGCCCGCUGCUAAAAAGGCUCGGUCAAAUCCUCAGGUGUACAUGGACAUCAAGAUUGGGAACAAGCCGGCGGGCCGCAUCCAGAUGCUCCUGCGUUCCGACGUCGUGCCCAUGACAGCAGAGAAUUUCCGCUGCCUGUGCACCCAUGAAAAGGGCUUUGGCUUUAAGGGAAGCAGCUUCCACCGCAUCAUCCCCCAGUUCAUGUGCCAGGGCGGUGAUUUCACAAACCACAACGGUACUGGGGGCAAGUCCAUCUAUGGGAAGAAGUUCGAUGAUGAAAACUUUAUCCUCAAGCACACGGGACCAGGUCUACUCUCCAUGGCCAACUCUGGCCCAAACACCAAUGGCUCCCAGUUCUUCCUGACAUGUGACAAGACAGACUGGCUGGAUGGCAAGCACGUGGUGUUUGGAGAGGUCACCGAAGGCCUAGAUGUCUUGCGGCAAAUUGAGUGUGACAGCCACCUCCAGGUGCUCCCAGCAUCUGUUGCAGUCAUGGCAGCCUCACAGCAACCUCUGAAGAAGGAAUUAUGGAACCAACUUUUUGUUGAAAAUGGAGUCUUGUAGAGUUCAGUGAUGGGAAACUAAAGUGGAAAAAGCACAUCACAAAGAAACUUAUGCAUAGUACAAUUUUAUAAAAAUAUCUGUUAUAUGUAAGCAUAGGUAUUUGUAUAUCUUAAGAAAAAAAGCCUAGAAAUAAAGUUACCAAAAUAUUAAUAGUG